AAUCUCACCAACCUAAUCCCAUCAUCAUAUCAUACAGUGAGUGAUCGAGAAGGAAAGAUGGGGCAAACCAUGAAGAAAUUAGCAGCUGGUGAAGACGAAAAGAAGGCUAAGGAAAUCCGUCCCACAAUAGAAGAAUGCUACGUUCGCUGGUUUUCUGAACCUUCCAAUUUCAACAAUUCGGCUGACUUCUACCAUGCAAUUUGUGAAACUAUCGAUGAGAUCAACAAAAAGCUUGGAAACACACAAUUUCGGGUACCAAACACUGCGACCCUCAAAAAAGCAUACGAAGAACACCAUCAGAUCAAAAAAGACAAAGAUGGCAACCCCUUGCCCUUGACUAAGGAAGAGUUUGGAAAGAUCCUACAAGCUGUGAUGUUUGAUACAGAGGUUACUGGAAUUGGAGCAAAAGAUAUACUCUUUUACAUCUUUGGUAUUCCAGCUACAGCAUUAUUAAUUAAGAACCGUGUGAUCCCAUCUGCAAUCCCUAAUGAACUGUUUAUCCCGGGAAUUACAUCUGCCACUGUCUUUGUUCUUGCAAAACUUAACAAGAUAUGAUGAACACCUUGAUAUGCAAUUUAAUUACUGUUAAAGUAUUGUCACCCAUUUGGAUUCUUC